CUAGGGUGCUGUUGACCCGAUGCGUUGACUGAAAUAAAAAUUUCUAGUCAAUGUCCGGGUUCACAUAAAAAUUUUUUGUGUACAUGCGCUGCGGUAGUGAAAUCUUAGAGACAGAGGUUAACGCCGUUCAAAUGCAUACAUACAUUUUUUCGUAGUAAAUUGUUCAACUUUCAAGUAGCAAUGAACCGAAACGUAAUCCUGGUAUUAUUGAUAUUGUGCUACAUUCCCGAUUUUUUAGCCAAGCAAAAAAAUCAGAAGACUGUAAUCGAUGAUAUUGUUGACGUCAAAGACUUCAAAAAAUUACUCCGAACAAAGAACAAUGUUCUUGUGUGUUUCAUCACGUCUCAAAAACAAUCAUCAGAAAUAAUAAAAAUAUUUGAGGAAGCCGCAGAUACCAUCAAAGGCUCUGGGACUAUGGUACUUGUUGAUUGUUCUGGGAAUGCAAAAAAAAUGUGUAAAAAAUUAAAAGUAUCACCUGAGCCAUACAUACUUAAGCAUUAUUUAGAUGGAGAUUGGAAUAAAGACUACAACAGAAGAGAAACGGUUUCUUCUUUGGUAAAUUUCAUGAGGGAUCCAUCUGGCGAUCUCCCAUGGGAUGAAGAUUCCACUGCAGUUGAUAUCCUUCAUAUUCCAGAUAAUAAUGCACUAACAAAAUUACUAAAGAAAGAGACGCAGCCAAUUUUAAUAAUGUUUUAUGCGCCAUGGUGUGGUUACUGCAAGCAGCUGAAACCAGAAUAUGCCAGUGCAGCAACUGAAUUAAAAGGUCACUCUAUUAUGGCUGCAAUAGAUGUUAAUAGACCAGAAAAUUCUGGUAUUCGCAAAAAAUAUAACAUUACAGGAUUCCCCACAAUGCUAUAUUUCCAUAAUGGUGUUCAAAAAUAUACUUAUGAUGGGGAUAAUAAGAAAGAUGGUUUGGUGAAAUUUAUGAAAAAUCCAGAAUCUAUACCUGUCAAACCAAAAGAAGAAGAAUGGUCUGAUACAGAUAAUGACGUCGUUCACUUAACAAGUGUCAACUUUGAUCUAGUUAUCAAAGAGGCUGCCUCUGUUCUCGUCAUGUUCUAUGCCCCUUGGUGCGGCUACUGUAAAAAAAUGAAACCAGAAUACGAAGCUGCUGCUGCAAAACUCAAGCAAUUGAAUAUCAAAGGAAUGCUGGCAGCACUCGAUGCCACAAAGGAAAGUGGUCUAGCAAAGUCGUACAAUGUUAAGGGAUAUCCAACGCUAAAAUACUUUGAGUAUGGUGUGCACAAAUACGAUGUAAUGUUGAGGGAUACAAAUGCCCUGGUUGAUUUUAUGAAAGAUCCCAAAGAACCUCCUCCUCCACCUCCACCGGAAGCACCAUGGUCAGAACAAGAAUCAGCAGUGGUUCAUCUGACCGAUGAUGACUUUAAGCAGUUCCUACGACGAAAAAAACACGUCCUGGUUAUGUUUUAUGCCCCAUGGUGUGGGCAUUGCAAAAAAGUGAAACCAGAGUUUACAGCAGCAGCUGAGCGGUUUAAAGAUGUUUCGAAAGUCGAAUUUGUCGCUGUAGACUGCACAGUGAACACAGCGACGUGUAAUGCUUACGAAAUUCGAGGAUAUCCAUCGAUCAAGUACUUCAAUUAUUAUGACAAACUUGUUAAAAAUUAUAUGGGAGAUCGAACGGAAGCAGACUUCGUCAAUGAUAUAAUAGAACAGGACGAAUCUCUGUCAUCUGAACAAAAGUUGGAUUGGGAUAUCCACAAAGGUGCCGAUCACAUUGUCCAUUUAACUGACAAUAAUUUUAAUGAACAAUUAGAUACCGGUAGACCCAUGUUCGUCAUGUUCUAUGCACCAUGGUGCGAAUCCUGUAAACCAGUCAAAUCGAAGCUGGCUCAACUUGCAGCAGAGCUAAAAACUAGGGGAUCGAAAGUAACAGUUGGAGCUUCAGAUUCUACACAUAGUGCCGUGGUAGAAUCGACUUACAAGAUCAAGACGCACCCCACGUUCAAAUUUUUCAAUAAUGGGAAAUACCAUAGCGAUUAUAAUGGAAAAAUUAGUGUAAAACACAUUUUAGAUUUCAUUACUUCCGCUACUACAAGAGCAGCGCACAGUGAGCUUUAACGUUAUAUCCUGUUUUUAAUUUUUUUUCCAUUCCUUGCUUAUUUUAUCAACUGGAGAUUUAUGAUUUGAUGUUUUUUAUACUACCAUAUUAGUUAUACUAUAUUUUAUUUUACAAAAAGUGAUCGCGUCGUCUAUUUUACUACGUUUGUCCUUAAUCUCUCAAUGAUCUUCAGCAAUCUGUGUUAAUAGGCGAAUAUUUUGUUUUAACUUCAAGCGUGUGUUUGUUGACUUGGUAAGAAAACAGCACUUUUUAACACACUCAUCAUGUACUCCAAUGUCGACGAUACUAUCUGUUUUUUUAUAUUUCAUCAAUAAAUUAAUUUAAAUGAU